UACACCACUGCGCAUGCCCAGCCCCGCGCCACUGCUGCUUCCAACAACAAGCGGUAGAGCAAUAUGGCCGACCUAGGGAAGAAGUACUGCGUGAACUGCCUGGCAGAUGUUACUAAUUUGCGGAUUCGCUGUGCCGAAUGCCAAGAUAUUGAACUUUGUCCGGAGUGCUUUUCUGCGGGUGCCGAAAUCGGCAACCACAGGCGAUGGCACGGCUAUCAGCAAGUUGACGGCGGGCGCUUCUCGCUCUGGGGUCCCGAGGCAGAGGGAGGAUGGACCAGCAGGGAAGAGCAGUCGCUGCUCGAUGCCAUCGAGCAAUAUGGAUUUGGUAACUGGGAGGAUAUGGCAGCCCACGUGGGUGCAUCACGCACCCCUCAGGAGGUCAUGGACCAUUAUGUGAGCAUGUAUAUCCAUGGGAAUCUGGGCAAAGCCUGCAUCCCUGACAGCAUCCCCAACCGCGUGACAGACCACACUUGUCCCAGCGGAGGUCCGCUGUCUCCUAGUUUGACUACCCCUUUGCCUCCUCUAGACAUAUCUGUGGCAGAGCAGCAGCAGCUGGGAUAUAUGCCUCUCCGUGAUGACUACGAGAUCGAAUAUGACCAAGAGGCGGAGAAGCUCAUCAGUGGCCUGUCUUUAAAUUACGAUGAUGAAGAUAUCGAGAUCGAGAUGAAACGAGCCCAUGUGGACAUGUACGUGCGGAAGCUGCGUGAGCGACAGCGACGGAAAAACAUCGCUCGUGAUUAUAAUUUAGUGCCAGCCUUUCUAGGACGGGACAAAAAGGAUAAAGAGCGAGAACGACCUGGUGGAACAGGGGGGGUUGGGGGCAUAGGUGGAGCUGUAGGAUUGGGAGGUGGUACCUCCAUUAUUCCAACAGGGUCGCUGGGCUCCUCUUCAGCAGCAGCAGCGGCGAAACGCAAAAUCACCAAGGAAGAGAAAGAGCAACGGAUGAAACUACGGGCACUCUGCCAGUUCAUGCCACAACGGGAGUUUGAAGAAUUCUUCGAUAACAUGCACAAAGAGCGCAUGCUGCGGGUGAAAGUUCGGGAGCUUCAGCGUUAUCGGCGGAAUGGCAUCACGAGACUCGACGAGUCGGCCGAGUACGAGGCGGCACGCCACAAACGGGAAAAACGGAAAGAAAAUAAAAGUAUUGCUGGCUCAAAGAGAGGCAGCAGUGGUGGAGGAGGAGCGACCGGGCUUGGAGGAGGAGUUGGAGCAGGAGGUGGGCUUGGCGGAGGUGGAGGAGUCAGUGCCAUCAAAGAGGAGGGGAAGGACAGUGAGUUCUCAGCCAUUGAGAAACUCUCGGGCUUUGAGCUGCUGUCUGAUCGGGAGAAGGUACUGUGCAACUCUAUGAACCUAAGUCCCACACGCUAUCUGACUGUCAAGACUAUCAUCAUCAAAGAUCACUUACAGAAAAGGCAGGGCAUUCCCUCGAAAAGCCGCCUUCCCAGCUACCUGGACAAGGUGCUGAAAAAACGGAUUCUGAAUUUCCUGUCGGAGAGCGGCUGGAUAUCCCGAGAAGCCUCCUAACGACACUGUCCAAAGAUUUGGCUGUAAGAAUAAUGACUGUAAAUAUAUUUUUCUACUGUUUUAUAUUGCAUCUCAGAAAAGCCUGUGAAAACAAAAUGACUGUAGGUGCCACACUACUGGACGUGGGCCUUCAGUCAGUCUAACAUGUCUGUGUUUGAUCUCAGAUCUCCUCAUAGGAACAUAAACAUGGUUAUAGAAGGUACUUAAUCAGUAUCCAUAGGGAACUUUCCAGUAAGUUGUCCUAUGUAAUACAUCAGAAUAUAACACAAAAGCCCAUUGCCCCAUGCUAAAAUGCUUCCAUUAUGAAUGUGGUUUUCAGUGGUGUUGAAUGUUCCCUGCCAAUAGAGUAUGAACAGAAUGUGUAAUGUUGGACAAACCAGAUCUUUAAAAUUGGUUCUGUGUUUCUUGUUAUAAGAAGGAAACUAGGUCAGGUUGCCAAAAGUCUAAAGUUCCUGUAUUCUAACCUGAAUUUGCCUGUUUCAGUUGGAUAUAUUCUGUUUUUGUCUGUCAGUUGUGGGAAUGUUGAGUCACAUGAAGCAUGCUCCAUACUAUCAAAAUGUCUGAAGUUCAUGUUUGAUGAUUAUUAUUUUUUGGAGUUGACCUUUGUGAGGUUAUGUUACGUUGAGCAUGUUUCAGAGGUUGAAGUUAAAUGGCACACACCCCGGCUAUAUAAAGUAUUAGUUUGAUGCUCACAUCAAGCUGAUCACCAAUGGAGAACAUUUACCAUGAUGCUCCUGUUUCAAGAGGGUAUUAUUCUUAUUUGUUGGGUAAUGUGAGGGAUAAAAGUCAAUACAGCAUCAAGGGUUCUCAUCUCAACAUGUUCACAUUUUAAAAGAUGAGACUGUGUUAUGACUCCAUACUACGUUUUUAUUUUAUUUUCUAAUGCCUUGACAAAAUCUUCAUGCAGUAUCAAAUCUUAGAUUACAACUGAGACAUAUUUUCCCAUUAUUUUUAAUGUUAUUAUUGACUGCUUGUGUCUACCCCAAAGCUGUGGAAAGCUAAGAAAAGCACUGUUCACAGAGCCCAAUGCAAAGGUUUCAAAUUUUUACAUAGUUUUGAAAUGUUUAAUAUAUUAACAGUCAAAUAGAAUUGAUAGGCACAGUAUACCUUUUUUUUUUUUUUUUUGUAUACAAUAUUGGAAACAACUGUGUUUAGUGUAAAUCUGUUGUAAAGGACAAAGUGGUGGUCCUCAUCUGCAUUUAUACUGUCUAUUUUCGCCCCAGACAUUGGUACAUAUAAAGACCCAUAAACAUUCAUUCAUAGUUGAGUAUGCUUAUGUUGUGUGCCUUGAAGCAUAUUUGCCCUGGUUGAUGCUUUUUAUUCCUUUUCCUUGCUAUUAAUAUUAUAUUUUAAUAUUAAAUUGUACCUCAUCAAAAAUGUACAAAGAUUAAGGUUUAUUUUAGGUUUUAUUUGGGCUUGAUUGUUUUUCUUCAGAUUUCUAUGAUAGAUGUAACUACCCCACACAAUAAUAUUGGUUAUGACUAAAGCCAUUAAAAGUAGAUGGGCACAGUUGUACUUGGAGAGAAACUCAUCCAAGACAUAUUUAGGAUAUUGGCUGUGUGACCGUUUGAUAAAUGAUGGAUGUUGGCAUGAAGACAGUGUGUCAUAUCUCAUGAAACUAGGAAUAAGGAAAUUCUGAAGCAAAUGUGGAGGGGUCUUUUCUGUUUCCAUGGUGUUCUGUCACUGCCUUUUUAUUUCAUUUGUAUAAAGGUGCUUACAUUUUUAGAAAUGGUUAGUAUUCAGGUUAUGCUUUAUGGUUGUAGGAAACAGGAUCACUGGUACCCAAGCCAUACAUUUUAUUUUUAUUUACACUUUAAAAAUCAUUCAAUAUGCUAUUUCAGAGAAUAUAAUUAUUUUUGUAAAGUAAAAAACAAUUUUAAAGAAAAUGUGAGCAGAGAUAUGAGAAUGAACGACAUCACAAAAAUACACUAUUGCAAGUUCAUUUUUAUCAUUUUUAAAGACAAUGUGACAUUUAAAAAGGAUAAGUUUUUUUUUUUGUUUUUUUGCUGUUUGUGCCAUGAAUGUUCUUUGGUAAAAUAGUCCAUUUUGGAAGGAUCAUAUUUGUCAAAAUGUUGAGUAUGUGGAAAGUAUUUUAUUGCAUAUGUCAUGUUAUUAAAGUGUUGAAAUAUAA